AUGAUGGAGGUGCAAGAUCCCAACACAAAGGGUGCUAUGCUGACAAGCACUGGAAAAUACGCAAUACCAACUAUUAAUGCGGAAGCUUAUGCUAGAGGAAAGAAGGAAAAGCCUCCCUUUUCACCAGAGGAGCCCUCCUCCUCCUCCUCCGAUGAUCCCAUUCCAGAUGAGUUGUCAUGUCCCGUUUGUAAAGAGCUAAUGACUGAUGCAGCUGUUAUUCCCUGCUGUGGAAACAGUUUUUGUGACGAAUGUAUUAGAACAGCAUUACUGGACUCUGAGGAGCAUACCUGCCCAGCGUGUCAUCAAACCGAUGUUUCUCCUGACACUUUAAUUGCCAACCUGUUCCUACGCAAGGCUGUGAACAACUUCAAAAAUGGAACUGGCUACACAAAGAGGCUCCGUCAGCAGAUUCAGGAGCCACAGCAGCCGCCACCACCUCCACCACCGCUCCUGACUGUUACACCUCCUUCUGCUCUGGGCUAUCAGGUUCCUGUACCAAGACAACCAGCAUUACCAAGCCUUCUGGGCCCCCAAGGACAAUCAAUACCCACCACCGGUCGCCCAAUGAGUGCCAGUACAAUUCGCUCAGCAGGUGGCAGACCGGGCUGGGAACUGCCCAAGUCUCCCUGUAGUGCUUCAUCUUCCUCUACAAGUUUGUAUACCUACUCCAAGUCAAGAUCCGGUUCUUCCCGCUCUCGCUCCUACUCUCGGUCAUUUAGUCGGUCCCCUUCUCGCUCCUACUCACGAUCGCCGCCGUAUGCAAGAAGAGGCUACUUUUCUCCAGACAGGUUUGGUCCACCUGGGACCAGACGAGAGAAUUCACCAUAUGCUCGGGGACGGAGGCAGGAUUAUCCUGGUGGGCAGAGCCACCAAAAGUGUAAUACAGCUGUAAAUUACCCUGGAAAAACUUCUGGAAGAGAGAGGCAUGGCAUCAAAGAUCCUACAAAAUCAAAAGAGAAGGAGGUGGAACAUCGACUGGGAGGUGACAAAGGAAAUAAAGACAAAAAGCACCGGAAGAGAAGAAAAGGGGAUGAGAAUGGAGGAUUUCCCAAUGCUGAGUGGUUAGAAGGAAUGAGAAAACCAAGAGAGCCACUUACAGCAGAAGACGUGAAAAUGGACUCUCUGUUCAUGCUCCCAAGCAGAGAUGAUGCCACCCCUGUGCGAGGUGAGCCUAUGGAAGCAGGUUCUAUGGCUUUCAAAGCAGCACCUGAAAAGGAGAAAAAAGAGAAGGAUAGGCCAGAAGCAAAAACUGACAAGACAAAGCGGAAAGUAGAGGUGGCUGUUCCUCCUAAGACAGACAAUAUAAGAAAACCAGCAAAAGCCUCCCAGGAGAAGGUGAACACCGAUGGUGACAAAUCCCCUCCAAUGGAACCUGCUGUGAAAAAACUUGACAGAAGAACUGUCAAGGGCCAGUUCUGCAUCUCCUCGUAUGACCCUGAGCUCUUCUACCACCUGUUGUUGCGUGUGCUGUGUGAGGAGACCUACACCCACCUGGCAUAUGUACUGGCAAAGAUCCUCCCCACGGCCUGCUGGUUAAAGAGUCAGCGUCAAGAGAUGGCCCAGGAUGGCAGCAGGGCCAGCGGUGCUGCUUUCUGGAUCCUGUGGUGGCGGUGGGCAGAGAGACAGGUGAUCAAAUCCUGGGGCCGAGGUGACCAAGUGGAGAUGUACCGUGUGCUGGAGAGCGUCCUGCAGGGAGGUGAGAGCCAGCUGCAGAGUAACGCUGAGACCCGCCUGACAGCAAAGUCGCCCGGUGGCCGCAGAGCAGCCCGGGAAGUCUCUAGUAUUUCUACCCAGGAGGGAGAUGUCCAGAAAGGACUGUCCUUGUACCCUGCUGUCAGCCUUCAGCCUAGAGAAAGGUCUGGCAGUGGUGUAUGCUUCACGGUAACCUAA